AUGGAGAACUCUAGGAUGGAAUGGGCAAGGGUGCAAAGUGCGAUGUUUGAACUGAGGUUCUUGGAGGUCAGUCGCUGUGACUCGUUGCAGUCAUUCCCUUGUGAUUUCAAGACUCUAGGAUAUUGGAAGAAAGGGGAGGAGGAGAUCAAAAAGGAAGAGAAAGAGGAAGAGGAAGAUAUCAAAAAGGAAGAGACUAAAGAGGAAGAGGUCAAAUAA